GGAGGACAGAACCGUUAGAUAAUCGCUUUUAUUCUCAAAUCUGACAAUGCGCUUCCAGUUGCCGCCUGUCUCCAACCACCUGCCGAACCAAUGUAGAUGAUGUGGAAUUAAUACGGAUAGGGGAAAAACACACCAGAUUAGUUCCCGAAAGUGAACGCGCUCUACCUACUCUGUAGGGACGGACCUGUGUUGCGGGGAAACGAGCAAUUCCCACUGGGCACAGACGUCAAUACAAAGUAUAUUCCACGUGAAACAACGUUUAGUCAACCAGUGUGUGCCCAGUGGGUUGUUUUUGGAACAAGACAAGAGCUCUCGGGGUAGCCUAUAGCUGGACAGACAUCACUCCGACUGAUAACUCUUAUAAUAGGUAGGUUACUGAGCUAAAUGUUCCGUCUCCGAUUUGGUUUCGUACUUUGUUUUCGCUCCCGGUCAGUUUUGAAUAGGCCUACCAUAGUUCGUAAAGUUGUCUGCGUGCAGCGGAGCGCACGUAUGGCCAGUCAGUUUGAAGGAUGUUGACGCGAAAUAAUUCGCCUACGAUGGAAGUCAAUUCACCAAAAAGUAAGAGAGGAUAAAACGAGUUGUCAGCGACGGUCCGUGACCCUCUUCCUGACCACCUGACCAUACACACACACCGUCCCAAUGCCACCAUGCCCAUCAUCAGCAACGCUAACCAUGACUUCACCAACUACUCGGUCAGCAGUGACAACAGCAGUCUGGACCGCUUCUUCACAGAGAUCCCAGAGACAGAGACAGUCAAGGGAGUGUACUAUCAGCGCGCCCAGCUGCUCCGCAAGGACCCUGACAGGGCCUGGCCCAAUGUCGACCACACACUGCAGGCCUUGAUCAACGUGGGGGGUAACCGCUACACGUUCCCCUGGACCACCCUGGAGCAGUUCCCUCUCACCCGGCUUGGGCGGCUGCGUCUCUGCUCCAGCCCCGAGGACAUCGCCAGGCUCUGUGACGACUACGAUGAGACCCAGAGGGAGUACUUUUUCGACCGGAGCCCCGCAGCGUUCCGGGUCAUCUUGAACUUCCUGGCGGCCGGGAAGCUCCGCCUCCUGCGGGAGCUGUGUGCCGUGUCACUGCACGAUGAGCUGGACUACUGGGGGGUCGACCCCGCCUACAUGGAACGCUGCUGCCGCCGGCGCAUGUUGACACGCGUCGAGGAGGUGGCGGAGCGUGAGCGUAAGGAGGAGGAGUGGAGACAGAGGAGGAUGAAGCUACAGAGGCUCCCCCUGUUGGCUGAGACGGAGACGGGCUACCGCAGGCUGAUGAGCAGGCUGAGAGAGGUGGUGGAGAACCCCCACUCUGGCUUGGCAGGGAAGAUGUUUGCCUGCUUCUCUGUGAUCAUGGUAGCUGUGACAGUCAUCAGCCUCUGUAUCAGCACCAUGCCUGAUCUACGCCAAGAGGAGAGCAAGGGCGAGUGUUCCCAGAAGUGUCGUCACAUGUUUGUUGUGGAGACAGUGUGCGUAGCUUGGUUCACCUUGGAGUUCGUGCUGCGGUUCCUCCAUGCUCGCUCCAAACUAGAAUUUGCCCGUGGGCCCCUGAACAUCAUUGAUGCUGUGGCCAUCCUACCCUACUACAUUUCUCUGGUGGUGGUUGAAAACAACAUGACUCUGGAGGAUGGUAGUGCAGGGGCAGGUAGGGGGUACCUGGACAAGCUGGGUCUGGUCCUGCGUCUGAUGCGUGCAUUGCGUAUCCUGUAUGUGAUGCGGCUGGCGCGCCACUCCCUGGGCCUCCAGACCCUGGGCCUGACCAUGCAGCGCAGCACCCAAGAGUUCAGCCUCCUCCUGCUCUUCAUCACCGUCGGCAUGGCCCUUUUCUCUCCCAUGGUGCACCUGGCCGAGAGCGAACUGGCGCCCAACGCUGCCACCGCGCCCCAGCACAGCUUCAGCAGCAUCCCAGCUUCCUAUUGGUGGGCCAUCAUCUCCAUGACGACCGUGGGCUACGGGGACAUGGUGCCGAGGAGCAUCCCGGGUCAGGUGGUAGCGCUGAGCAGCAUCCUGAGUGGAAUUCUCAUCAUGGCGUUUCCUGCUACUUCCAUCUUCCACAUGUUCUCCAGGAGCUACCAGGAGCUGAAGCUGGAGCACGAGAGGCUGUGGAAGGAGGAGACGGGGGCCGCUCUGGCUGCUGACAACCUGGAGACCAGGAGGGAAAGGGAGGUGGAGAGGAAGGCGGAAGUAGAGAUGAAGGCGGAAGCUGACGCGGAAACGGACAGCUACUGGCCCAGACGCCGAGACUUUGUGGAGUCUCUGUGCCAGUCCCUUGGAGGAGGGAACGGAGGGAUGACAGAGGGGCAGCAGGCUAUGCUCCCAGCUGGGGGGAACAGAGGGAUGAUGGGAGGGACAGCAGGCUAUGCUCCCGGCUGGGGGGAACAGAGGGAUGAUGGGAGGGAUGACAGAGGGGCAGCAGGCUAUGCUUCCGGCUGGGGGGAACAGAGGGAUGAUGGGAGGGACAGCAGGCUAUGCUCCCGGCUGGGGGGAACAGAGGGAUGAUGGGAGGGAUGACAGAGGGGCAGCAGGCUAUGCUUCCGGCUGGGGGGAACAGAGGGAUGAUGUGAGGGAUGACAGAGGGGCAGCAGGCUAUGCUUCCGGCUGGGGGGAACAGAGGGAUGAUGGGAGGGAUGACAGAGGGGCAGCAGGCUAUGCUCCCGGCUGCAGCAUUCUGAUCUGAAGAAGGAUACCAGACCUGAUGCUAACUCCUACACUGUAAAAAGUGGGAUGACACUGUUGUUCGUCUGAAUUGCUUUUUCUGAUUGGUAUAAUAGAAAAUUAGGCUUUGGUUCGUUCAACUUGUUCUAUGCUAUUUGUCUGAAAUCAAAUAACACAUUUAAGAAAUCAGUUUUCUUCUUUUUUCAUCGCUGCAACUCCCGGGCUCAGGAGAGCCAAAGGUGGAGUCAUUAUUCCUCCGAAACAUGACCCGCCAAACCACACUUCUUAACACCCGCCUGCUUAACCCAGCCGCACCAAUGUGUUAGAGGAAACACCGUUCAAAUGGCAUCCGGGGUCAGCCUGCAGGCACCAGGCCCACCACAAGGAGUCGCUAGAGCGCGAUGAGGCAAGUAAAUCCCCACCGGCCAAACUUUCCCCUAACCCAGACGACACUGGGCCAAUUGUGCGCUGUCCCAUGGGACUCCUGGCCACGGCUGGUUGCGGCACAGCCCGGGAAUGAACCCAGGUCUGUAGUAAUGCCUCUAGCACUGCGAUGCAGUACCUUAGACCACUGCGCCACUCAGCCCGUGAUUUUUAUAAUUGAAUGAAAUCGAUAUUCACAUUGCAUAGCGGUGGGUGCAAUGUAGCAGUGGCAGCCUAUCAGAAGAGUUGUAGCCGUAGCCUAAUGGGGGCGUGGUUUUCAGUUUGUUAAUUUUUGCCACCCGUGAGAGUGAAUGUCAAUCUAGGUAAUGUGUUCUGUUAUUUUUUAACGUUUAUAUGUUCACUGCCGUUACUAUAUUUUUUAAGAUUAGCUGUUGAGGAUUAGAAUAAAUACCGCUUUGCUGUCAUUCAACAAAGCCAAAUACCCGUGACUCAAAAUGUGUACUUCACAUUUCCAUAUCAUAGAACUCAUGUCACAUUCAGUUGUCAACGGUUAUGAUCACUAUGCUAGAUGUACAGUUACCAGAUGACAUGGCGUUAUACCCUGGGUUUUCCUGAACAGAAUGAGCCUGUUUGUUGUAUAAUGCAUAUAAAAUGUAGUGUAAUUUUUAGGAUUCAGUCCUGUGUCAUGUGAACUGUUGUGUCCCCACCUUUAGUCUAAUAAUUUCCCCAUAAUCUCCACUGUUCCCUUUUAAUGUCUACCGUGAGUUUCCCUGUUUCUUCUGUGAGAACCAUUUCAAUUUAGCGCUAUCCAUAUAGGAAAAUUCCCAGGAGUGUAAAGGGGUUAAAAGGAAAUGUAUUUACUUGAAUGUAACCCAAUUGAAUACAUUUGGAUAGUGAAAAAUCUACUUGGUACAACAUGAAAAAAUGUUGUACCAAUAUAUAUAUAUAUAUUACUGUUUUUUUUUUAUCUCCUUGGUGCAAUUUUCACAAGUAUGUGGUACAUUUUCACAACUCUUACAUGUUGACCACACUGCUCGCGUCACAAAAUAAAUUUACACAUACAUGUUCUCAAUCAUUGCACCCACACUGCUCGCACACAGCGUCUGCGUAGCCAGGCGUGAAAAUUGAACUUGGUUCUAUUUGUGACGCUUAAUGCACUGCAAGUCCUGCCUCUCCCAUCUCCUCAUUGUAUUUUAGGAGCAUACACCCACGUGGGUGAUUGAAAGAUGAACUGACGUCCAUACUCCAGACCUGUUGGUGGUGGUAAUGCACCUUAGAGUUGGUUGCCAACCGCCAUAUGAAGUUAGAAGAAGAAUAAGAAGCCUGAGAGAGGAGAGAUUACUAGAAACAAACUCAGUUGACCAUUUUAUCUGUGGAUUAAUUGUCGGAGUAGAGGACCUUGUACAUUACAGGUAAAAUAACAACCCAAUGAUUAUAUCCCAGGAUAAAUUAGCUAGCAACAGCAAGCUAGCUAGCUAAAUUGCCAUAAAUGUUUAAUGCUUUUCGACCUGUCCCCAAAUUAAUAUAAUUGGUUCAGAGUUCGUUUUGACAUUUCAACCUGCAUGUCCUGAUCUCGUCUGGUGUGAGGGGACAAAAUAAACGCUCUGGUCAGCAUGUUAGUACAAAACUCAAAACAGAUCAUCAAAAAGACAAAUCAUACAGUCACUUUUUUUCACUGAACUUAAUCAGUGUUUUCUAGAAAUACAUGUUUCAUAUUGCAAUACAUGCUCGUAUAAAGUAAUUGUCUUUUACAAUGCAAUACUCACAUUACUUUUGA